CCCUCCGCCACCGCCACCGCCUCCACCCCUUCCUCCUCCCCCUCCGCCGCCUCCCCCGCCUCCUCCUCCUCCCCCGCCACCGCCUCCUUUCCCUGCCCUUCCUAAGACCAGCCCCUGCGACUGCCUAAGCCCCCUCGUCAACACCAACAGCCGUUGGAGCGUAUCCUUCCAAGGCACUGACAACAAGAAGAGCCUGAUUGUAUACAACUUCCAGAUCACCCUCAAUGACGGCAGCAAGUGCAGUGCCGUCAACUACCGCAACGGCAGCUGCUGCGAAGCCUCCCUGGAGGGCGUAUCCUUCCCCGUCCUGGCCGCACACAAGGACGGCAUCCAGGCUGCUGUGGUGACGGGCCCCAAUGGCCAGCAGCUGGUCGCGACGCUCUUUACCGCCUACGAUUAUGGCGUGCGUGUGCAGUUCAAGAACCCGCUUUUCACUAACAGCUUUGUGGCGGGCUCCGCGGUGUCGGUGUCGCUUGUCAUGAGCAAGAGCUUCUGGUCCGACGCUACGAUCUUCCCUUGCCCGGCCUCUAAAUGGGACACCACCGGCAACGCCUGCGACUACUGGCUUCAUGGACACCAGACCGUGCCUGGCAAGCCACAGAACAUGCUUGCUGACGACGGCACCGUUCCUGCCUGCUGCCCGGAGGGCGUCAUGCACUUCUGCCCCCAGCAGCCCGCCGCCUGCGUCUCUGACCUGGCAGCCAGUCCGUACACCCUCACCUUUGGCUCGCGUGUGCAGUCGGGUGGCAACACCGUCUUCACCUUCAACCUCGCCCACCGCAACCUCCGCAGCGCCUGCUCCGCCAUGGCCAUUGACAACGUCAUCCUCUACGUUGACUCGGCCUAUGCAGUGCCGGGCGUCACCGCAACCCUGGGCUCCAUCGGCACCAAAGUACGGCCUGGAUCUGAGGGCCCCGUGUCGUACCUCAACAUCUCAAUGUCCUCGUACGCUUCCGUCCAACCCAACACCCUUACCGUCACGGUUCCUGGCAACGUCGCCCUCUCGGACCUCUGCGUGACUCCAUCGACUGGAGGCUCCCGGGUGUGCAACUAUGCCCUGGUCGGGGCGCAGCGCAGCAGUGGCUCUUCGCAGCUGUGCUGCCCAGCCGGCAACAUCCCCGCCACGCUUCCUUCCGGCCGCCGCCUGAUGUCCGUGGACGAUGAGACCUACGCCACCCUUGCCUCCGGCGGCUCGAUCUGCGCGAAGUACGACCCCACGGCCUCGUGCUUCUCCAUUGCCCCCAUUGAGAUUUCGGAGACCUUUGACGAGGGCAUGACGUUCAACUUCAAGCUCACGCGCACCAGCGCCGCUCCCUCAUGCCCGCGGGAGUUCCAGGUGAUGGUCUCAUCAGCCGCCAUGGCGGCGUUCAAGGAGGGCCGCGGCCACAUCUGGGCGGAGGGGCUGCCUGCUGGCGACCACUUCACGUGGGUAUUGCCGGCGCCCAAUGGCGGCGAUGCGGCCAUUGGCACGACCACGAUGGUGUCCUUUACGCUGCGUGGUCACGGGCUGGACCGUGUGAGCCGGGCAUGCACUGUGCGGUCGCGGGACUCUUGCGUGUUCCGGCUGCUCAGCGACUCGGGCUGCUUCUCUGGGGAGGUGGCCACGGACUUCCUGUUCAGCGGCAGCCACCACCGACAUGCAUGAGGGCCUUAGGGGUUCAGUGUGAUGUAUUGGGUUGUGAUUAUAGCCGUGGCUUAGUGCUAGCUGCAGCUCAUUACGGAGCCGUUAUGAGAUGGAUUAGGGUGAGGGGAUGUGAGCGAGGGUUUGGUUAGGGGGCCGCGCAAAGGAACACGGGGGUUCACGGGUUCUACGACAGCGGUGUGGGCGAGCGGUAGGCGGUUUAGCCUGACACCUAAACGCUCUCAGGCGGCUGGGGUCCAUGGAAUGCCCAAUGAGUGACCGAUAUGUUGGAAAGCAUGCUAGCGACGUCACGUUUUAGAGUCUGUAAGGCCUGUUACUUCGGCAGGAAAGGACCGUGAGCACUGUGUCGUCCGUGUAUACUGUCAAGCACCAAUGUGGUGGUCCUUGUUUCGUUUGGUUGGCGCUUUUUGCAGCGUGCUGUAGCUAUCUGGUUUCCUAACUCUCCCAACUGGAGAGGGACGUGGUGAGGUGCACGCGAGGGACAUUGUCAGCUUGCCGCUGACCCGGCGUUUGGUCCAGACAUGCAUUACUAGUGUUUAACCGGCAGGGGACAGCAACUUGGAUGGACUAGGAAGCACGCUGUGACCUUUUGCAUGGCUGGAGGAGCUUGCCUGCAUGCUUUGGGCUGAACGACUUGUAAUAUGCGCACAAGCUCUCAUGUUAUGCCAC